UAAUUGGAUACACAGACGACAGAGGGGGAAGGAGCAAGGAGGGGAGGUAUGUCGACUUUCGCCACAACGAUACGGUAUAAAUGCGCCUCUGUGUCCACAGCCGAGGCAGUUGGUUGCGUGUUGGAACAACGGAGAAGACGGUAACCAUGAUGUCUUCAAGACUGCUUGCAGUGGUUUUCGUACUGGUUUACGCGAUCUGUUGUGUUAAUGCCAAUCAUAUUGACUGCAGCCAGAUACGGGUGAAAUGCGUGGCCGUAGAUGCAGCUGUCUGCAGGUCCCGUGGUGGGCUCUUCAUCCCAAAAGGCGGCUUCUGCGGAUACUGUGACAUCUGUCCCAAAUACGUAGGAGAAGGAGAGUCUUGUGAAGACGACAACCCCUUGGAACCACCGACACCAACUUGCCAGAAGCCACUAAUCUGCGACCCGGACACCAAGUUUUGUGUAGCAGAACAGCGUUCCAAUUCUUCGCAGGAGACUACUGAGCAGGAAUAAUCUGACUGUUUUAUUUUAGUACAUGCUGAAGUUGUUCUACAGGUUCACAGUUUGUAUUUCUACAACUGUGAAUCAAAGCCAUAGCACCUUGUACAGCUGUUACAAAGAAGCGAAAGUGUUUUUUUUAAUUUACUUCAUCAUUUAUGUAGAUGAUGAAUUAGAAAUAAAAUUGUCUGUCUCAGUCGUAGAAUGCAAA